ACGAAUAAAAUCUUGUGGGAAACUGUUGAUCAUGUGCAACAAACAACAAAAAAAUCAUACUCGUUGUUUUCAUAUUUCUAUUUCAGUUUGUUUACAAAUGUUCAAGUUUUUUCCAGACGAGGAUGAAGUGGUGGACACUUCUGGUGCCGACAGAAAGGCGUCACCUCUGCGACCUUGCAUCGAAGUCAAGAUUCGACAGGAGCACUAUGACCUUGCCCAGGAGACCCCAGUGGUCAAUGCUGGAGGGACAAUUCCUUUAAACCUCAAGUACAUUAACGUCCGCGAUCUGCUCAAAUCUUCAAAAGUCACAGGUGACCCGAAUGUCAAGUCUAUCCUGACCUCCUCUUCUGACCUCGUCCCUGGUCUCUAUGAAGGUGGAUUUAAACUUUGGGAAUGCACCUUCGACCUGCUGUCAUACUUGGAGGACGAGAGUGGGAAAGCAGUCAGCAUAGGACCGGACACCAAAGUGCUUGAUCUGGGCUGCGGUCACGGACUUCUUGGACUCUAUGCGUUGGGAAGAGGAGCGCACGUCCUAUUUCAGGAUUAUAAUGAAGAGGUGCUCACUUUUCUAACAAUUCCAAAUACGAUUAGUAAUUUUGGAGAUGAAGGACUGUUGAGGGCAAGAUAUUUCGCAGGAGGUUGGGACUCCAUAAACGAAUAUGCAAAAAAUAACAAUGGGGGAAAAGAUUGGAAGUUUGAUACCAUUCUAUCGUCUGAAACCAUUUACAAUAUGGAUUACUUUGAGGACUUUCUCAAUCUUGUUGAUCUUUGUCUCAAACCAAGUGGUUCCUUGUAUUUGGCUGCAAAAACAUGCUACUUUGGGGUCGGAGGAGGAACUAACGCAUUCACAUCUCUGGUUACGAGCGACAAAUACAAUUUUGGAAUAAAUACUGUGAAAUUAAUUAAGAAUGGUAAUAUAAUGCUCCCAGUCAAUAUUCUAUAUUCAGUGUGCUUGUUUGUGCAUGUAGGUGUUCAACGAGAAAUUCUUCGGAUUUGCAGACUCAACGAAUCCUGACCUGAUGAAGAAAUAACUAUUUACAUAAAUAUUAAUUUUUAUUCCUCAUCAUUACUAACAUUAAAUUAAUGAAUUAUAACUUA